UGAGCGCGCGUCUGUUUCCGUCCGUGUGAGUGUGAGAGAUUACUGACCCAGAUCGAGAUGAAAACAGGUCCUGCUGUAAGGCUAUAAUGUCAUUUUGCGCCACAGUAAUCUGACUUGACAUUGAGCAGAAUUGGCAGCGCUGUGGUGCCAUGCGGCUGUGGCUUCAGGAGGUGUUUGUGUGGACGACUCUUCCCCUGUCUGCUCACAUCUCACAUCAUUUACCUCCCUGUAGCGCUGGGGUUUCUGGAUCAUUUUUGGGGAAAGGUCUGUGCUCUUAGUUAGAAGAUGCUCAAUGCGGAGCUGAGGAUGCGCAGAUGGAAAUGGCCCGUCCAGUUUACCUCACUGUACCUGAGCUGUCUGUAUUUCUUCUGUUCAGUCUCUGGGGUUUCGGGCAGCAUGUGCACAGUAACGGGUGGUGUCCUGGGUAUCCACUGGAGCAGCGUCAUCGGUCUGGGCUGGCAGCCACUGGCAGUGGACCAUUUAGGGGCUCGAUGCUGGGAAUCCUGCUGUAUGAAGCCCUCCUGCGGUGCCGUGUGGAGCCUCGGUGGACGCUGUGUGUUGCUGACCUGCACUCGAACGAAGGGCUGCGGCAUUAGGUCUCUUCCUCAGCCGUAUGUAGAAUCUCUGGGGCUUCUUCAGCAUCUGAACACAGGCAUGCGCAGUAAGAGGGACGUUUUCAACGCUGAGGAUGUCAGAGUAAUCCGGGAGACGGAGCGUGACAUGUCUGUUAAACCCACAGUGCCAUUGACCACAUCCCAUGAUGCAGCGCUUCCACACACACCCGGUGAGAUCUCCAUCCAGUCCACCAGUGGCAGUGGCGAACAUGAAGCCGUCUCAGUAACUGAGCAUAAUUCAACACUGGAUGCAGACACUGGAGAUCAUUCAGCGUUAAACAACAGUAAUCAGUCUCCACAGUCCACGUCUGACACACAUUCAGUGACUCCAACAACAACACCAGCUGUGCGGGAGCUGGUCGUGUCUGCUGGUAAAAAUGUGGAGGUCACUUUACCCCGCAGUGAGGUGGAACUGAAUGCUUUUGUAGUGCCAGAGCCGCCUUCAGGGGCUAACUAUGACUGGCGUUUGAGGACACAUCCAAAAGACUAUAGUGGAGAAAUGGAGGGUAAACACAGCAAGACGCUUAAGCUCAGUAAGCUGACAGUGGGUCUCUAUGAGUUUGAGGUGGUAGUGGAUGGUGACGGUGCUCAUGGGGAGGGGUACGUCAACGUUACUGUCAAACCAGAGCCCCGAGUGAAUAAGCCACCUGUUGCUGUAGUUUCUCCAAAGUACCAGGAAAUCUCCUUGCCUACAAGCUCCACUGUGAUUGACGGUCAACUGAGUACUGAUGAUGAUAAAGUGGUGUCGUGGCAUUGGGAGGAGGUGAAGGGGCCGCUCAGAGAAGAAAAGGCCUCAGGUGAUACUGCUGUUCUCACCCUCACAAACCUGGUUCCUGGUAAUUACACCUUCAGACUCACGGUGACUGACUCGGAUGGAGCUCAGAAUUCAACCCAAGCCAUGUUGUUAGUCAACAAGGCCACAGACUACAAGCCUACAGCUAACGCUGGACCCAACCAAGUGAUCACACUGCCACACAACUAUAUCAUACUGUACGGCAACCAAAGCACUGACGACCAUGAGAAUCUGUCCUAUGAAUGGUCUCUCAGCCCUGAGAGCAAGGGCAAGGUGGUGGAGAUGCAGGGUGUGAGGACGGCCACUCUGCAGCUUUCUGCCAUGCAGGAGGGCGACUACACCUUUCAGCUGACCGUCACUGACUCGUCUGGCCAGCAAGACACGGCUCAGGUCACUGUCAUUGUCCAGCCAGAGAAUAACAAGCCCCCUGUAGCGGAUGCUGGUCCAGAUAAGGAGCUGACGCUGCCUGUCGAUCGCACCACACUGGACGGCAGCAAGAGCACCGACGACCAAAAGAUUGCCACGUACCACUGGACAAAGAACACGGGCCCAGAGGGGGUGAAGAUUGAAAAUGCGGACACUGCGAUUGCUGUGGUGACGGGUCUGCAAGAGGGCGAGUACAUUUUCAUGUUGACGGUGACGGAUGAAAGGACGCUGGAGAAUUCUGACACCGUCUCUGUCAUCGUCCGAGAAGAGGAUGAUCAGCCACCUGUUGCCAAAGUGCUGUCCAGUCCUCCGAUCACUCUUCCCAUCCGUACAGCGGUUCUGGACGGUUCUCGAUCAUCAGAUGAUAAGGGUAGCAUCAGCUACCUCUGGACCCGUGAAGACACAAGCCCGGCUGCAGGGGAUGUCCUGAAUAACUCUGACCACCAGGCAGUGCUUUUUAUUGGUAAUCUGGUGGAAGGGAAGUACAGUUUCACCCUGACUGUAACUGACAGUAAGGGAAAGACCCAUGCUGACAAAGGCACUGUAGAGGUUCGACCAGAUGUUUAUGUGCGAGACUUGGUGGAGCUGAUCCUAGACGUUCCUGUGGAUAAGGUGUCCCGCAGACAGAAGGAUAUGUUCAUCAGGCAGGUUGGCGUCCUUCUGGGAGUCUUGGACAGUGACAUCAUUGUGCGAGAGAUUAGCGCUUUCAAUGAGCACAGCACUCGCCUGGUAUUUCUGGUAUCUGGAGGUCCUGGACGACCUCCAUUGACUGGCCAUAGUGUUGCUAUGGAACUACGCAACAAAUUUCGCAAGCAAAAAAAUGAAUUCCUUAUUUUUAGGGCCCGGCGAGUGGACACAGUUAUCUGCCAGCUGAACUGCUCCAGUCACGGGGAAUGUGACUCCUUUACCAGACGUUGCGUGUGCCACCCGUUCUGGAUGGAGAAUUUAUUCAGUACUUAUUUUGGGGAUGCUGUGAGCAACUGUGAAUGGAGCGUAUUAUAUGUGACGAUAGCAUCAUUCAUGACCGUGGUUGGCAUAGCGACUGUAAUAUGGGGUAUUGUGUGCUGCUGUCGAAGACGGAAGAGCAAAGGGAGACGAAAGAGCCGCUAUAAAAUGCUGGAUGGGGAUGAACAAGAGGCUCUGGAAUUACAGUUACCAAGACCUGGUCGCUUGAAGUCCGUUCCUGCUCCCUCAUCCUCCGCGCUCAUGCACUCUGACUCCGAUCUGGAGAGUGACGACGGCCAGGCCGGCAUCCCGUGGUCCGAUCGAGAGCGUGGAAAACUCCUGCCGCCCCAAAACGGAUCUCUGCGUAACGGCCAAGGUCCUCAUAAACCCAAAAAACAAAAAGACGAGCUGCUUUAGCACACAGACCCAACCUCUCGUAUCGCACCAACGCACUGUUCACCCCUCAUCCAUGACACGUGUCA